AUGAGCUCUGUCGGCGCGUACACAAGGAUGCUUGCUGGUCGUGUGGCCAGGGUCUCUUUGUUGUUCUGCGUGUGUGUCUUAAGAGGGUUCAUCCUCUUCUGUCGUCUACGGCAGAGUACUGAAGACCCGGUGUGUGAUUCGUCUUCAUUGCAGCCUGCUUUUUCUGGAGGUUUCUGUGGCGCUGGGCCGCUGGCUCUAUUUGCGGUUAUCGGCGCUUUCGUUCCUCCUCAGUCCGCGAGUCAGUAA